AUCACCAGGAAAUUACACUUUAAAUAUAAAAUAUCUUGGUAUUGCUGAUAAAAUAUUUAGAAUUUUUGACACAAAAGGAAAAAUUGCUUUGAUAGGUGCUACUCAGUUUCAUAUAAUCUGCACCCGACGAUUGUCUUCAUGUUGGAAUGAACAGAAUUUAUUGUUAGAAGCAACCUUUAAUAUAUCUAUAGGAUGUAAUCAAUGUACGGCUUUGUCAAAUAUACCAUUGCGACAAACGGAAGAAAAUAAGUUUAAAAUGUUAUGGACACACUUCGCUACCACAUCUGCAAUGUCGCCUUAUCUUGCAACAAUGAUUGUGUCUAAUUACCUAUUACGUAUUGAUAAAAACACUCGAAACAUUGAAAUGUGGUGCAGAAACGAAUCUGGAUUUCACAUAGAAUUUGCAGAAAAUGUAGCUGAAAAUAUCACGUUGCUGUUCAAAAAUGAAUGGAAACAAUGUUCGAACAAUAUUUCGAAGGUAACACAUGUUGCAAUUCCAAAUUUCCAUGACAAUGGCAUAAUAGUUUUCGGACUUGUUUUUUAUAAAGAAGCAGAUAUCAUCUACAAUGAAAAUUUAUAUCCUAUUGCUCACAAAAUCGAAGUAGCUCAAUUAGUAGGACGUAAAGUGACACAGGAAUGGUUUAAUAACAUGUUGAACGAUCCAUUAGUGUCGGAUUUUUGGUUUAAAAAAGGUCUUAUUUUAUUGCUUGCAACGUAUGCUGUCAAUAAGACUUAUCCAGAUUAUCCAAUAAUAAAUUUAUUUGUUGUUCAAAAUCAACAUUACUCUUUUAAUUUGGAUAGUGAUUAUUAUAUGUGGAAUUUUACUUCACAAGUUAACAGUUCAUUGGAAAUUCCUAAUUCUAUCAAAGCACCCUUUAUAGUGCGCAUGAUGCAACACGCCUUCGGACACAUUUUUUGGAAAAACAUUCUCUCAUAUGCAAAUAGCACGCUAUCACAUUGUCUAGACUCUGUGAAUCAUUUGAAUGUUGCUUUCGAAAUGAAUGAUGUUGUAUAUCUAACAAGAAUGGAAUAUUGGCAUUCGGAAAAGCACUGUCCUCUUAUUAAAGUAAAACGAAAUUAUAGUGAUCCAAUGAGCCAAACAACUGUGUCGAUACAAUAUAUCGACAUAUUAAAAAUUCGCCACAUUCCUAUAACUUUUACUACGGAAGCAUCUCUCAAUUUUAACAAUUUUACUCAUCAUUUUCUAAAUCUUUACGUGUCACAGGAUCUCAAAUUAUUAUUACCAUUUAAAGAGGGUGGUUGGAUGAUAUUUAAUAUACAACAAGUUGGAUAUUAUCGCGUUAACUAUGAUGAUGAGAAUUGGCGAAGAAUUUCAAGUUACCUAAAAUCUGAUAAUUACACGAAAAUUCAUGUUCUUAAUCGUGCUCAAAUUAUCGAUGAUGCAUUUCAUUUAAUGAUAGCAAACCAACUCCAAACCCAUAUAUUCUGGAAUCUUAUAGAGUAUUUGCAACAAGAAGAAGAUUAUAUAGCAUGGUAUCCUAUGUUUAAAGCUAUGGAAUACAUGUAUGGUACUUUUCCAUGGAGAGAACCGGAUGGAAAUAUUACUUCUAGAGUAAAGUACGCAUUAGAACAAGUACUUGGAAGAAUCAAAUAUGAAGAAAUUGAUGAUACAGACGAACUUAGAAUAUGUUUACGACAAGAAGCUGCAAGAUGGGCAUGUUUUCUUGAGAACUUCAGUUGUAAGAAAGAAGCCAAGAAUAAAUUAGAACAACAUCUCCAAAAUCGUACAAAACACAAAGUUUUGCCAUGGUGGAAGAAAUGGACAUUUUGUAAAGGUUUGAUGAUAAAUAUCAACAAAACGAUUUGGGAAUCAGUGUAUGCUAUAGGAUAUGAAAAAUCUGACACUAAAUUAUUAGAAUACUUGGCUUGCACUGAAAAUACUGAUCUGAUUAAACACCAUUUAGAAUAUAAAUCUGCUUACAGCUUUUUACAUAUUAUUACGAGGCAUGCGAAGAAUCGAAGUACUUUGCAGUACAUACUAAAUGAUUUUUUGAACAUAAAACCAAAAAAUAUUGGUAUAAUUGCAGCAUUA